AUGGUUGGCUGGGCAGGAGAAGCAUACAAAGUGUCGGAGUUUCAGAAGGUGUAUGACCUUAUAAAGCUUACGGACUGGAAAUGUUGGGAAUAUCUGGAGAAAAUCGAUAAAACGUUAUGGACACGUUCACAUUUCGAAGGGGACAGAUAUAACAUGAUGACUUCAAACAUUGCUGAAUCUUUGAAUCACGCACUUCUACCCGCACGUGAUAGUCCUGUAAUGGCUUUGUUUGAGUUUAUCCGCCGGAUGUUGUCAAGAUGGUAUGAGAGCAGACGAUGCGACAUCGAAAAAUUGAAUGGGAACAUUCCUAAGGAAAUCGAAAAAGUUCUUGUUGAACAGUUGGUGUUGUCAACUGGCUAUCUUGUUAUGCCAUGCUUAGGCUGGCUGUUCGAGGUGACACUAAAACCCAGUGGAUACAGUUGCACUGUAGAUCUUGAAAAGCGAAAUUGCUCUUGCCUUGAAUUUCAAAAGCUUGGGUUGCCAUGCCGACAUGCAAUAGCGGCUGCUUCUUAUCGUAACAUGGCGUACACCAGUUUUGUUUCACAAUACCAUUUGAAAACAACCUGGUCUGAAACAGUAAAGGGUAUCAUACUACCCGUUCCAGAUCCUAAGGAUGUUGAUGUUCCCCCAGAAGUUUUGAAGAUAGAUCUUUAUCCACUGAGUACAAAAAGAACAAAGGGUAGACCCGGUGUUAAAAGGAAACUCUCAGCUGGAGACUAUCCGGAGGGGCCGAGGAAAAAGAAGGCAAACAAGUGUUCCAGGUGUUUCAUGCUUGGUCACAAGAAGACUACAUGCAAGCAACCCUUGCCGUGA